CAGAUAGACAGACAGACAGACAGUGCCGUCAAGCAAACGGCCUGUUAUGGUCACAUGACGAGGUGGAGACGUGAUGCUAGCACUUCUGCUAUUUUCGCUACAUAAGAUCCCAUAUGACAUGACAUCAUGUUCGGCCAGUUCUUCAAAGAGAGGAGAUUCCGGGAGAUGGCCGCCGAUGACAAGUCUUUGCCGUCAGACUGGAGCGUAGAGCCACCCGUCACCUCGCCCGCCAGUCCCUCCCAUCUGACGCACUUCAAGCCGCUCAGCCCGGAGCAGGAUGAGCCGCCAUUGCGCUCGGCGUACAGCUCCUUCGUCAACCUGUUUCGCUUCAAUAACAAAGAGGAGGUUCGUCCUCCCCCCGCUGCUUCGGACAAGCCGGACGAGCCAUCCCCUUCCCCCCUUGAGUCUGAUAGGAGAAGCUGGUCCAGCUCUUCCCCCUCCGUCUAUGGCUCCAGGGCGCACCGGAAGGCGCAUCCCGAGCACCUCCGACGCACCUCCACCGCCUCGGAUAGCAGCAGGAAGUCUGAUACGCCCCUGAGCAAUCAUGACCCCCGCACGGCUGUGCAGCUUCGCACGGCGCUGAAGCGACUCAAGGAAAUUAUGGAUGGAAAAAGCCAGGACAGCGACCUGAAGCAGUACUGGAUGCCCGACAGCCAGUGCAAGGAGUGCUACGACUGUAAUGAAAAGUUCACCACAUUUCGCCGGCGCCACCACUGCAGGUUGUGCGGACAGAUUUUCUGCAGCCGCUGCUGCAACCAGGAGAUUCCUGGCAAGUUCAUGGGCUACACAGGAGACCUGCGAGCUUGUACGUACUGUCGCAAAAUAGCGCUAAACUACGCUUACUCGGCUGAGUCGGGCUCCAUCGGCGAGGAUCUGAACGUCUUGUCUGACUCUUCGUGCUCUGUGUGUAUGUUGGAACCCAGCGAGCCACGGACGCCUGUCGGGGGGCGCAAGGCUAGCAGGAACAUCUUCCUUGAGGAAGAUCUGACCUGGCAGAGAAAAACUCCCAUUGGGAUGAGAAAAACAAUGAUCCAUCAGGAACCUCAGAAAAGUGGCCUACCUUCCAGACUGACCACGCUGCAAGAAGACGUGUGUAAAACCCCCACUAGGAAGAGGUCCGCCAGCGUCACCAACCUGUCACUGGACCGUUCCGGAUCCUCCAUGGUGCCUUCCUACGACAGCUCUAUCAGCCCACCAACCACGCGGGCCUUGUCGGGCGCAAAGAGCGUCACCAAGCUGGACCACAGCGAGGAGGAAAGGAAGAACAUCCUGGACUCCUCUCAGCUGAAGGACCUGUGGAAGAAGAUCUGCCACAACAACACGGGGAUGGAGUUCCAGGACCACAGGUACUGGCUGAGGACCUACCCCAACUGCAUUGUGGGGAAGGAGCUUGUCAACUGGCUGCUGAGGAACGGCACCAUCUCCAACAGGGCCCAGGCGAUCGCCAUCGGCCAGGCAUUAGUGGACGGCCGCUGGCUGGACUGCGUCACUCACAACGACCAGCUCUUCAGGGAUGAAUACGCCCUCUAUCGCCCCCUGCAGAGCACAGAGUUCUCAGAGACACCAUCUCCAGACACUGACAGCGUCAACUCUGUGGAGGGACAUUCCGAGCCGUCCUGGUUCAAGGACAUCAAGUUUGACGACAGUGACACAGAGCAGCUGGCAGACGAGUCGGACUACAACAUACCUAGCUCUGCCAGCGCCAGUAAGAGGACAUCCGUCAGCAGCUCCCAGUCAGUGGUGGACAGUGACUCAGCAGCCUCCAUCAGCCUCAACAUGGAGUACAACAACGUUAACUUCCACAUCAAGAAGCAGUCCAAGUAUCCACACGUGCCUUCGUCCACUGAGCAGAAAGCUGAAUUUCUGGUGUCAGAAGAUGGAGGACAGAACAUCGUGAUCAGCGAUGCCUUCAUCAAAGAGUCUCUGUUCAACCGACGUGUGGAAGAGAAAGCUAAAGAGAUGCUGUUUACACCGCUGGGUUGGCACCACAGCUCCCUGGACCAGCUCCGAGAAGAGAACGGAGAGAAGAAGGCCAUGGAGAGGCUGCUCUCGGCCAAUCACAGCCACAUGAUGGCACUGCUGCAGCAGCUGCUCUACAGCGAGUCCCUGUCACUGUCCUGGCGGGACAUCAUCGUCCCCGUCGUCCGACAGGUGGUCCAGACAGUGCGGCCCGAUGUACGGAACUGCGAUGACGACAUGGACAUCCGACAACUGGUUCACAUUAAGAAGAUUCCUGGAGGGAGGAAGUUUGAUUCAACCGUGGUGAAUGGCUUCAUAUGCACCAAGAACAUCGCUCACAAGAAGAUGAAUUCCUACAUCAAGAACCCCAAGAUCCUGCUUCUAAAAUGUUCCAUCGAGUAUCUGUACAGGGAGGAGACAAAGUUCACCUGCAUUGAGCCCAUUGUGCUGCAGGAGCGAGAGUUUUUGAAGAACUACGUCCAGCGUAUAGUGGAUGUUCGGCCAAACCUGGUCCUGGUGGAGAAGACGGUGUCUCGUAUCGCUCAGGACAUGCUGUUGGAACACGGCAUCACUCUGGUGAUAAAUGUCAAACCGCAAGUCUUGGAUCGAGUGAGUCGAGUGACCCAAGGUGACCUGGUAAUGUCCAUGGAUCAACUCCUCACCAAGCCUCGUCUGGGCACCUGUCACAAGUUCUACAUGCAGCCUUUCACCCUGGCCAACAAUGAGGUCAAGACGCUGAUGUUCUUUGAGGGCUGCGCCACCCACCUGGGCUGCUCCAUCAAGCUGCGUGGCGCCUCCGAAUAUGAGCUGGCCCGAGUGAAGGAGAUCAUCAUGAUGAUGGUGUGCGUGGCCUACCACUCCCAGCUUGAGAUCUCCUUCCUCAUGGAUGAGUUUGCCAUGCCUCCCAGCUUGGCCCAGAGCACCUCUUUCCCCUGUCUGCUGGAGGGUGCGUCCGCCGAGGAGCAGGUGGACAGCGAGCAGAAGGAUGUUGAGGACACAAUUGCCGAACCUUAUGCUGAUGGUUCUGCACCACCUGGCCACCUUGAUGAGGACACAGUUCCCCCUUGGAUGGAAAGCAGCCAGGACCAUCCACGUUCAUCAGCUUCCUCCAUCCACAGUGAGGAAGCUGGAAUCAAGGAGACCAGGACCUCCUCGCCGUUUUCCAGCCCUCCUGCUCUUCCUCUGUCAGUAUCCCCACCAUUCCUCAUGGACGACAACCAGGAGAUGACUCCAAACACAUUCGGCAGGGAAACGGGGGAGCAAGCAAAUGAAGAUCCGGAAAGCACGGAAGAUAAGGGAUCAGAAACACCCCGGUUGUUUCGGGACCCCCUCCAGGACGACACGGGCGUGUUUGUCGCCGAGCAGGUGGCGUCGACUGAUGACCAACUGAAGUCCAUCUCGGCUGUCUUCAAGCAGGAGCUGAAGGACAUCAUUUUGUCUAUCUCGCCCUUCAUCACAUUCCGAGAACCGUUCCUCCUCACGCCUGCUGGAAUGCACUGCCCCAGCAGGGACUACUUCCCUGAUCAGGUUUACCUGUCUCCCCUCCUCAACAAGGACUUCAAAGAACUGGACGGGCGCAGAAAGCGGCAGCUCCUCAAGGACUCUGCGUCCUCCUCGCUAGUUGGCAGCAGUCAGACCAAUGGCGUUCCUCCGCCCAAGCCAGUCGACGUCCUCCCGUGCCACGGCCUUACAAGCACUCGCAUAGUGGAGCAGUUGAGCAGCAGCCAGGAACUAGCCAAGCUUCUGGCAGAGUACAGGGCCAAGGGAGGCCGCAUUCGGCAGAGGGAGGCAAGCGACCCCUUCAACGGCGUGGUCAAUGGCCAGAGCAGGACAGAGGAGACGUCACCACCGCCGUCGUCAGUUAAAGUGCUGGGCAAGGGUGAGGGUGAAGAAGACAAACCAAGCAAGCAGAGUGAGAUGAGCUUGGCCCCUAAGAUGGACUGUCUGACACCUGUCAAUCAUCAGCGACUAUGUGUGCUCUUCAGCAGCUCGUCCGCUCAGUCCAGCAACGCUCCAAACCCCUGCGUCAGCCCGUGGAUAGUCACCAUGGAGUUUUACGGCAAGAAUGAUCUCUCGCUGGGCGUCUUCCUGGAGAGAUACUGUUUCAGGCCAUCUUACCAGUGUCCCAGCAUGUUCUGCGAGACUCCCAUGGUGCAUCACAUUCGCCGCUUCGUGCAUGGCAACGGCUGCGUGCAGAUCGUGCUGAAGGAGCUGGACUCGCCGGUUCCCGGGUAUCAGCACACCAUCCUCAACUACUCCUGGUGCCGCAUCUGCAAACAGGUGACCCCGGUGGUGCCCCUGUCCAAUGACUCGUGGUCCAUGUCGUUCGCCAAGUACCUGGAGCUGCACUUCUAUGGCCACCAGUACACCAGGCGGGCCAACGCCGAGCCCUGUGGACACUCUAUUCACAAAGACUACCACCAGUACUUCUCCUACAACCAGAUGGUGGCCUCCUUCAGCUACACUUCUGUGAGACUGUUGGAGAUUUGUCUUCCUCGCCCCAAGAUCUUCAUCAGAAACCGGGGGCCCUCCAAAGCCAAUGUGCAGCAGGACCUGAAGGACUUCUCACAAAAAGUAUCGCAGGUGUACCUGGCUAUUGACGACCGCUUAACCUCCCUGAAGACCGACACCUUCAGUAAGACCCGGGAGGAGAAGAUGGAGGAUCUCUUCGCUCAGAAAGAUAUGGAGGAGGUCGAGCUGCGCAGUUGGAUCGAGAAGCUCCAGGUACGUCUCCAAGCCUGUGGUCUGGAUUCCCCGCAGCAGUUCCAGGCUGUGCUGGAGUCCCUUGUGUUGAAGAAGCAGAGUCUAUGUGAGAUGCUGCAGUCCUGGAACAGCAGACUACAAGACUUGUUCCAGCAGGAGAAAGGCCGCAAGCGUCUGUCUGUACCCCCGAGCCCAGGCCGCCACCGGCAGGCCGCUGCUGAUGACAGCAAGAGCACGCUGGACUCCUCCCCCCGUAACCCUUCACCUGUGGUGCAGAACGGGGACAAAGCAACAGAGGACCGUCACCUCAGCACUUUACCCUCCACGUCCUCCUCCUCCACUGUGCUGCUGUCGCCGCCCAUGGAACCUGGAGUCGAGCCCGUCACCCCCGGGCCCUCCUUCACUGAGCCUGACUCAGUCAGCAUCCCAGAAGACGUGUUUGAUGGACACCUGCUGGGCUCCACCGACAGUCAGGUGAAGGAGAAGUCCACCAUGAAGGCCAUCCUGGCUAACUUUCUGCCCGGCAACAACUACAACCCCAUCCCCUUCCCGUUUGACCCUGACAAGCACUACCUGAUGCACGAACACGAGCGGGUUCCCAUCGCCGUGUGCGAGAAGGAACCGAGCUCCAUUAUCGCCUUUGCUCUCAGCUGUAAGGAAUAUAAAACAGCGCUGGAUGAUUUGUCCAAGGCGUCCAACACGGUAGGCGACGAGGCGUCCCAGGCCAACAGCGGAGAGAGCCGAGCGAAGGGCAGCCCCGCCAGGCUAGGCGACUCGACCCAGCAGAGCCGCGCCAGCGCGGAAGCAGACGCGCCCAAGGACACCGACGCAGCAGACAAACAGAAGAAGCAGUCACAGAAUCCUCAUAUCGAGCUGCAAUUCUCAGACGCCAACGCCAAGUUCUACUGUCGCAUCUAUUACGCCGACGAGUUCCACAGGAUGCGCGAGGAGAUCCUGGAGAGCGCCGAGGAGGAUUUCGUCCGCUCGCUUUCUCACUGCGUCAACUGGCAGGCGCGCGGCGGGAAAUCUGGAGCCGUCUUCUACGCCACAGAAGAUGAUCGCUUCAUCCUGAAGCAGAUGCCCAGACUGGAGGUCCAGUCCUUCCUAGACUUUGCUCCUCACUACUUCACCUACAUCACAGGAGCAGUGCAGCAGAAAAGGCCGACCGCGCUGGCCAAGAUCCUGGGCGUUUACCGCAUCGGCUACAAGAAUUCUCAGAACAACACUGAGAAGAAGCUGGACCUGCUGGUGAUGGAAAACCUGUUUUACGGACGUAAAAUGGCUCAGGUGUUUGACCUGAAGGGUUCGCUGCGGAACCGCAACGUCAAGACUGACUCGGGCAAGGAGAGCUGCGAGGUGGUCCUGCUGGACGAGAACCUCCUGAAGCUGAUCUACGACAACCCGCUCUACAUCCGCUCGCACUGCAAGUCGGUGCUACGGGCCGCCAUCCACAGCGACGCCUACUUCCUGUCCAGCCACCUCAUCAUCGACUACUCGCUGCUGGUGGGGCGCGAUGACGCCACCAAUCAGCUGGUCGUGGGCAUCAUCGAUUAUAUCAGGACUUUCACCUGGGACAAGAGGCUGGAGAUGGUAGUCAAAUCCACAGGAAUUCUGGGAGGCCAAGGUAAGAUGCCCACCGUGGUGUCCCCCGAGCUGUACCGUGCUCGCUUCUGCGAAGCCAUGGAUAAAUACUUCCUCAUGGUGCCGGACCACUGGACAGGACUGGGUGUUAACUGCUGAGCGGGACAUGCCCGGCAUUCGCAAGUGAUUGAGAGAAAGGUCCAACGUGCACGUCUUUCUUUUUUUUUAUAUAUAUAUAUAUAUUCCAUUAUGAAGAGAGGCGACAUUCCGAGUGUUUAUUUUUAUCCUUAAGGAUUUGAGUGUAGUGGAGGUCCUUCUUGCUGUUUUAUUGGUGCCACAUGUUGACGGUCUCAUUGUUAUAUACUGUAAUUUAAACUUUGAAUAUGUACAUAGAUGAUGUAACUAUUAAAAGAUUAUUAACACUGAUCCUUCAGUCAUUGUGACAAUUUAAGAAAGCUAUUGACAAACAUGUAUAUUAUAUACUGUAAAAUUAUAUACUUUAACAAGUUAGUAAAAUUGCAAGUUUAUUAUAGUGUAGUUUUUUAACAUUCUUUAAAUAUGAUUCAAUAAAACAGUACAUUUUAGGAGAAUAAAUUGCCAGUGUAAUAAAACUACUAUAUAUGUACACAGAACUACAUGUUAAAAAUAAUUAAAAAAAUAUACAAUUAAAAAAAAAACCAACUUUUUGUUAUUGUUUAUGCGUGGAAAUAUUUGAAAAAAUAGAUAAAAAAAAACAUCUUAAGUAGAAAAUGUUUAAUAAAACUACAACAAAAUAAACUAACAUUUUAUUUCAUGCUGG